AUGCCUCUAGGCUCUGUCUCGAUUCCUCUCCUCUCCUUCACGGUCUCCUCAUGUCCUGAGGAGAACACCCACACGCGCUACUUAGUCUCUGUCCUGUUGAGACCUCUCUCCCAUCUCGUCUGUGACUCUCCCUCCAUCUCUCUCCUUCUCAUUAUCUUUCUCACUCCAUCACUCUGCGCUAUUGUGCCUGUCUGUAUUUUAACAGGACAAAUUAUAUCCUCCGCGCUCGCUCGCACGCACACGCACACACACACACACACACACACACACACACACACACACACACACACACACACACACACACACACACACACACACACACACACAUAGGGUGAUUAAUUGGUUCCACUAGUGCCAAAUGCUUAUUUAGGAUCCCACCCUCCACAUCGUCUUAGUAUCAUGCCACAUCAGGGCUGCUCAAGGCUUUCAGAUGCCUUAUGAUCCUCAUACUGCCAGGCUGUCAUUGUAAAUAAGAAUUUGUUCUUAAUUGACCUGCCCGGUAAAAUAAAGGUAAAAUAAUAUAAAUGUACAGUAAGCCUCAUUCCCCCUUUGUGUGGGACUAGUGUGGAGACAGUCAGAGAGUUAUGUUUUGGGGAAUAUAAUUAUGUUGGAGUUGGGGUUUGUCAACGUGUUAUUAUCUGUGUGUGUAGACAAGUGGGCGAUUUUGUGUGUUACAACAUAUUCUCAUGAUUUGGCAGUGUAGCAUAAGUGUCCUCAUCACCAGAGAUGUAUAAGUCCUUAACUUACAUCUCUUCUCACUUCUCUUAGAGGAGUCUCUGGAAGAUUAUUAUCUUGGUUUCAUUGAACCAGGAAGUUGGUUAACUUUUCCUGCUCUCUAAUUGAUGUGUACAGUACUGGCGAUGAGAACUUAGUUUUUCAGCUGGCAAUUUACAGCAUCUUGUAGGGCGGCAGGUAGCCUAGUGGUUAAAGGUGUUGGGCCUGUAACCGAAAGGUUGCUGUUUCGAAUCCCCGAGCCGACUAGUCUUGAGCAAGGCACUUAACCCUAAUUCCUCCUGUAAAUUGCUCUGGAUAAGAGCGUCUGCUAAAAUGUCUUGGCUGUUGUUUAUACACAGCUGUUGCUUCUUGCUUUGCUGUCAUGCAGUAUGAGGAUCACAGAGUACGACCCUACCUUACACAGAAAGCGGCACAGGUCCUAAUCCAGGCACUUGUCAUCUCCCGUCUGGAUUACUGCAACUCGCUGUUGGCUGGGCUCCCUGCCUGUGCCAUUAAACACCUACAACUUAUCCAGAACGCUGCAGCCCGUCUGGUGUUCAACCUUCCCAAGUUCUCUCAUGUCACCCCGCUCCUCCGCACACUCCACUGGCUUCCAGUUCAGGCUCGCAUCUACUACAAGACCAUGGUGCUUGCCUACGGAGCUGUGAGGGGAACGGCACCUCCUUACCUUCAGGCUCUGAUCAGACCCUACACCCAAACGAGGGCACUAAGUUCAUCCACCUCUGGCCUGCUAGCCCCCCUACCUCUACGGAAGCACAGUUCUCGCUCAGCCCAGUCAAAGCUAUUUGCUGCUCUGGCACCCCAAUGGUGGAACAAGCUCCCCCACGACGCUAGGACAGCGGAGUCACUGACCACCUUCCGGAGACAAUUGAAACCCUACCUCUAUAAGGAAUACCUGGAAUAGUAUAAAAGUAAUCCUUCUACCCCCCCUCCCCCAUUCCCCCCAUAAAGAAAUGAUUUAAACAAAGUGGUUGUCCCACUGGCUAUCAUAAGUUGAAUGCACCAAUUUGUAAGUCGCUCUGGAUAAGAGUGUCUGCUAAAUGAUGUAAAUGUAAAUGCAGAUUUGAAGAAAGUAACUAUUGUGGCAUGGUUACAUUUCUGCUAAGAAUAGAUUAGAUUGCUCUACUUAAUAUGUUUACUCCCAAAAAGGUAAAACUUGGACAAAGCAAUGGUCGAAACUUGUUCUGCCAUUCUGAAGUCAUUUUUAAUAACACUUUAUUCUAAACUUUAAGGAGACAUACAGUAGCACCAGUGGCCAGUCCGGGUAGCUCUCCUGUCUGCUUUUCAAUUAUAUCCUGUCACCUUAGGCCAUGGUGCUAUGUCCAUGCUGUAUCUAACAGAAAGGAAAGGGGUGUCACUUUAGAUCGAAUCCUCUUUCUCUCUGCAGCUGGAGACACUGAUAGACUGUGUGUGUGUGUGUGUGUGCGUGUGUUAUGUGCGUGUGCGUGCGUGUGUGUGAUAGUGUAAUUUCCUGCCAGCCAGAGAGCCACUAGGCUCACGUUAGCCAACCAUGUAAUUAAAGCCUUAAAAAUGUCACCAUCCCUCGCCAGACGGCUUUAUGUGCCUUAUCACAGCAUUACCAGGUGUGUGUGUGUGUGUGUGUUUGUGUGUGUGAUGGGUGAAAGAGUAUCAUGGUAUUGGUCGACCGAGGGCUCCCAUUUCAUUGUCCAAGUUAUUCACCACCAGACAGCAACAAUAAAGAACUCUCUAAAGUGUAUGGGUUGUGACUGAUCCGUCUUAAUGUUGUGGUAUAGGACACAUUGUCUGUCUUGUUUACACUUUCUGACAAGAGACCACUUAGAUAUGAUCAUUUUCACGUUUUCAUAAAUUCUUAGAAUGUUUGGGAGUUAUGUAUACUAAGGCAUUUAUGAAAAUUCUAUAGCAACAUAGAGUGGGAAAGCGGCCGUGCGUUUGGACAAUUAAUAGACACUGCAGUAAAUAAAACCUCAUACAAACAUCUAGCACGUCCAGGACCGGAGUCUACGCAGACCGUUGCGCCAUAGCCAAUCAGAGGCCACAAAGACCUGCCAUCAUUCACUUUGAACUGGACUGUGUGUUUACAGGCAGUUGCAACAGCGCGACUUUAGAUAAUUAGAACGCAUUCGGCAAAAGCCACAAAAUACACUUGAAUGGAUUUCUACAAAUAUGUAGCUAAAUACCACAGGAGUCCUCUUACAUUUAAGAACUUUACAGUCCUAUUGAUCAAACAACCAUAAAAAAGGUAGGCUAUCUUUCCCUAUAUGCACAUCAACAACAACAAGACCAACAACUAAUGCUAGCCAGAGCAAGAUUAGCUCAAAUCUAACGAAGGGACAUUAGAUAAAGCCUCUCAAACUUUUUCAGCUAGUUGGUCGUCAAAAUUGCACUGAUAAACGAUGGGGAAUAGCCUGCUCGUCCUUCUGCAGCUUGCCUGCCAAUGCAUGUGUUGUCCCAACCAAGCACCCAAGCUAACUAGCUAAAGUUGGCUAGCUUGCUAGCUAGCUACUUUCAGAUACAAAUGAGAGAACACCUCACUCUGACCAUUUUACUUGCCCUAAGAGAGUUGGUUAGGCUGUUUACAUGUUAUCUAGAGUGUUCGUGACUAACUAUUACUUUUUUUGCCUAUGUUUACUGACACUGGUCAUAUUCAGCAGGUGUUGCGCGUUUGUAAAUUAAUCAGUUAUUCUGUGCUCUGGCACACUCAGACAGGAGUGCUCUGAAAUCAGAGUAGAUAGCUAGCAAGAGUGAAUUUGCAAAUGCAAGAGAUAUGCUAACAGGAUAACAAUCGUUCAGCAUAGCUAGCUAGCUAGCAAAGCAAUUCACAUUUCUUGCUACCCAACCAAAUGCUUUUUUCAAAAUGCUUGUGUUUCUAGCUCCAGCAGUGCAGUCCAUGACAGCAAAAAUAGAACAAAUGAGAAAGUUUGUAUAAGUAGUCUUUGUGUUAAGCACAGUGUGUGCCAGAAAAGCCUCAGUGAAUGUGCGUGUGCAUUCAGUGUGUGCAUACCUUUGUGAACACGAACUUGUGUGUACGUGUAUGUGUGUUGGUGUAGACUCCUCGGUGUCUUCGUAGUGGCCAUCUCUCUCUCUCUCUCUCUCUCUCUCUCUCUCUCUCUCUCUCUCCUCUCUCCUCUCUCUCUCUCUCUCUCUCUCUCUCUCUCUCCCUCUCUCUUCCUCUCUCUCUCCCUCUCUCUUCCUCUCUUCCUCUCUCUCCUCUCUCUCUCCCUCUCUCUCUCCCUCUCUUUUCCUCUCUCUUUUCCUCUCUCUCUCCCUCUCUCUUUGUCUCUCUCUCUCCCUUGAUCAGCUUUCAGAUGACUCUCUCUCCUUUCCUAGUGUCAGUCUAUGGACAUGUCAGUCUUUGAAGUGAUUAGGGAUCUUUGAUGCCAAGGCAUUUCCUAAGCAUUCUAAUGUCUGGAAAACAUCAGAGAGUUUGUGGAGGAAAUACUUCAAACCCAUGUCAGAGAUCCCUGUGAGCCAUCUGUGGAUAAAUAUAAAUGGCAUUUUACUUCUUUAAACUAAAGGUUCUGUUUACCAAUGAGAUUGUGUGAAAUGUGCAUUGUUACUCAAACACAAAAGGAGAGAAAAUACUUUAGAAACACAAAAAAACAUCAGGAUAUGAUUUGACAGCUAAGGAGUAAUCUAAAAUCACGUGUCAGGGUUUCAUAGUUUGAUUAAUUAAAGAUCUCCUUAACUGCGUACACAGCUUUAUUUUACAUUGACCUCGACCUACUGUAGUUCUGGAGUAUGUGUGUGUGUGUGUGUGUGUGUGUGUGUGUUGUGUGUGUGUGUGUUUGUGUGUGUUGGAGGUAGAGUAGAGUCACCCGUUCUAAAGCCAUGCUCUAUACAGCCAGAUCCCCUAGGCAUCAUUUAAUGGGUUUAACUCCAAGUCUCAUUCUGGAGUACCUCCAGAAACCAUAGGGCAAGGUUACACAGGUAAUUGCUUGCUUGUGUGUGUGUGUUGCUUGUGUGUGUGUGUGUGUGUGUGUGUGUGUGUGUGUGUGUGUGUGUUCAAACAUAUAUCCCCACUGCUACAGGUACCCUUCAACUCUGUAUUGUAGGUGAAGGACUGCUCUGUCUAGUGUCAGUCAUCAGUCCUAACUGUGAUUGUUAUCCCCUUUUCUGACACACACACACACACACACUGCUGGAGGCUGAGAGCGAUGGGUAAAAAUAACAGCAGGAUUUGGGAACCUCUGAGAGUAAGGGCGGGACACAGCUGAAAUUGCUGGGUUUAUUGUGUGUGUGUGUGUGUGUUUGUGUGUGUGUGUGUGUGUGUGUGUGUGUGUGUGUGUGUGUGUGUGUGUGUGUGUGUGUGCGUGCGUGCGUCUGUGUGUGCAUCAGAUUUAAAUGGGACCAAGGCUGUGGCCAGUCAACUCAUGGUUAGUCCAAGAGUCCUUCAGAACUUUGUACAACACAUUCUGUUACCACAGUGGGUGUGAGAGAGUUUGUCUCCAAAGACAAAGAUUUAGUACAGUUAAGUACAGUAGUUACGUAAUCAUCAGGGUUUCAGUAUGUUUGGAUAUUCCAACAAUUGUCAUUGCAUACGGUUGCUUCCUUUUGCUUCCUUUUGACCCUCACCCCCAACCACACACUUGCAACAGUCCCUCUACAUCCCCUCUACAGCCCUCUACAGUCCCUCUACAGCCCCUCUAAAGCCCUCUACAGCCCCUCUACAGUCCCGCUACAGUCCCUCUACAGUCCCUCUACAGCCCUCUACAGUCCCUCUACAGCCCCUCUACAGCCCCUCUACAGCCCCUCUACAGUCUGUCUACAGUCCCUCUACAGCCCCUCUACAGCCCCUCUACAGUCCCUCUACAGCCCCUCUACAGCCCCUCUACAGUCUGUCUACAGUCCCUCUACAGCCCCUCUACAGCCCCUCCACAGUCCAUCUACAGCACCUCUACAGUCUGUCUACAGUCCCUCUACAGCCCCUCUACAGUCCCUCUACAGUCCCUCUACAGCCCCUCUACAGCCCCUCUACAGUCCCUCUACAGCCCCUCUACAGCCCCUCUACAGUCUGUCUACAGUCCCUCUACAGCCCCUCUACAGUCCCUCUACAGCCCCUCUACAGUCCCUCUACAGUCCCUCUACAGUCUGUCUACAGUCCCUCUACAGUCCCUCUACAGCCCCUCUACAGUCUGUCUACAGUCCCUCUACAGUCCCUCUACAGCCCCUUUACAGCCCCUCUACAGCCCCUCUACAGUCCCUCUACAGCCCUUCUACAGUCCCUAUACAGCCCUUCUCCCUCUACAGUCUGUCUACAGUCCCUCUACAGUCCCUCUACGGUACCUCUACAGCCCCUCUACAGUCCCUCUACAGCCCCUCUACAGUCCCUCUACAGCCCCUCUACAGUCCCUCUACAGCCCCUCUACAGCCCCUCUACAGUCCCUCUACAGCCCCUCUACAGCUCCUCUACAGGCCCUCUACAGCCCCUCUACAGUCCCUCUACAGCCCCUCUACAGUCCCUCUACAGUCCCUCUACAGUCUGUCUACAGUCCCUCUACAGUCCCUAUACAGCCCCUCUACAGUCUGUCUACAGUCCCUCUACAGCCCCUCUACAGUCCCUCUACAGCCCCUCUACAGCCCCUCUACAGUCCCUCUACAGCCUCCCUACAGUCCCUCUACAGUCUGUCUACAGUCCCUCUACAGCCCCUCUACAGUCCCUCUACAGCCCCUCUACAGUCCCUCUACAGUCCCUCUACAGCCCCUCUACCUCUACAGUCCGUCUACAGUCCCUCUACAGUCCCUCUACAGCCCCUCUACAGCUCCUCUACAGGCCCUCUACAGCCCCUCUACAGUCCCUCUACAGCCCCUCUACAGUCCCUCUACAGUCCCUCUACAGUCUGUCUACAGUCCCUCUACAGUCCCUAUACAGCCCCUCUACAGUCUGUCUACAGUCCCUCUACAGCCCCUCUACAGUACCUCUACAGCCCCUCUACAGUCCCUCUACAGCCCCUCUACAGUCCCUCUACAGUCCCUCUACAGUCCCUCUACAGCCCCUCUACAGUCUGUCUACAGUCCCUCAACAGUCCCUCUACAGCCCCUUUACAGCCCCUCUACAGCCCCUCUACAGUCCCUCUACAGCCCCUCUACAGUCCCUAUACAGCCCUUCUCCCUCUACAGUCUGUCUACAGUCCCUCUACAGUCCCUCUACAGUACCUCUACAGCCCCUCUACAGUCUACAGCCUCUACACAGCCCCUCUACAGUCCCUCUACAGCCCCUCUACAGUCCCUCUACACCCUCUCAGUCCCUACAGUCGCUACAGUCCCUCUACAGCCCUCUACAGUCCCUCUACAGUCCCUUACAGCCCCUCUACAGCCCCUCUACAGUCCCUCAUUACAGCCCCUCUACAGCCCCUACUAAGUCCUCUACAGCCCCUCUACAGUCCCUCUACAGCCCCUCUACAGUCCCUCUACAGUCUGUCUACAGUCCCUCUACAGCCCCUCUACAGUCCUCUACAGUCUGUCUACAGUCCUUACAGUCCCUCUACAGCCCCUCUACAGCCCCUCUACAGCCCCUCUACAGUCCCUCUACAGUCUGUCUACAGUCCCUCUACAGCCCCUCUACAGUCCCUCUACAGCCCCUCUACAGUCCCUCUACAGUCUGUCUACAGUCCCUCUACAGUCCCUCUACAGCCCCUCUACAGUCCCUCUACAGCCCCUCUACAGCCCCUCUACAGCCCCUCUACAGUCCCUCUACAGCCCCUCUACAGUCCCUCUACAGUCUGUCUACAGUCCCUCUACAGUCCCUCUACAGUCUGUCUACAGUCCCUCUACAGUCCCGCUACAGUCCCACUACAGUCCCUUUACAGUCCCUCUACAGCCCCUCUACAGUCCUCCAUCCAUGUGUUUCAUUACUCAUUCCUUACCCCAUCCAUCUGUCCACAGCAGAGAACACUCACUAG